AGCAGUUAACGCUAACGGUGAUGAGGAGGGUACAAUCGACGUGAGGGGGGAGCAUUAUUUCUACUCUGUGUGUGCGUGUGUGGCACUCGAUAUUUGAGGAAGUCAGGAAACAGAGGAAAAUGGACGCAAAACACACGGCGGUGUCGGAUGCAUUUUUGUUUUUAUCAACGACGAGAAACGGGAGCUGGGAUUUCGAGGCGGUGUUCGUGGACGUGGGUCGAGAAGCGACUUAUAUGCAAUGAAACAUCGGACGCGUUGCUAGCUUGCUAGCCUGCUCUUUAAUGUUUGUUGUCCGAGUGAUAACGUUACCGUGGAGGUUACAUUUCCAAAUACGACGAUUAAAACCGUAAAGCUCUCUUGGUUUGGUAGUGAAAGGGAAAUAAUGGCUAAAAGAACUAAUACUCCUAAACUUUACCGGGCAUUCUUAAGCGUUUUGCUGUAUUAGUUAGCUGGCAUUAGAAAUUACUGUUAGCGCAAUUGUUAGCCAAAAUAAGUUUGGCUAAUUAACAUAACGUAAAAUGCGAAUAAAACCGAUAGAAAUGCGUUAUUUGUAACGUGACAGGGACUGAACAGCCACCUCGGGUUGUUUUGGCAGCAGUUAAGCCUCAUGAAUUGUUAAUGGUUUUAACCUUUUUUUCCUUUUGUUCCUUAAAAGGAUUAAUUAUAUAUUCCUAAAGCUUCAUAAUUGAAGCGUGUUCAAUGGGAAGUUAAUGAUUAACCAGCCCCCUCGACAUUCACAACAUGCUGCUUGGUCUUUGCUUGGUAGGUUAAUUAUAAGAUAUAAAACAACUACCUCACCAGCUGUGUCUGUAGAGAAAAGCUAUGUGACAUUUGAGAGUUUCCCGUCUGUGUCAGCACAUCAUUUCUUGGUAAAAAUGUGUUAAACCAGAGCAGGAGAGAGGACAAAUCUCCAACACCCCUUACUGUAGGCUGUAAAAUUUUCCAGAACAGCCUCAUAACUACCAGAAAUGCGUCUUUCCUCCUUUUUGGCCGUGUUCAGGCCUGCUUUGCCCCUCAUCCUCGGGCUGUCUCUUGGAUGUAGUCUCAGUCUUUUGAUGGUUUCCUGGACACAAGGAGAUAACGACGACUCCUGUGCAGAUGAACUGGGCAACGGGAGGCUUUUCCUGGGCAGGGGAGAUGCCCAGAGAGACUUGAGAGAUGGAGCAGGAGAUGAAGACUUCCAGCCACGUAUUGUACCCUAUCACAAAGACCCUAACAAGCCUCAUAAAAAGGUUCUCAGGUGAGUGUGGGAGUCAUGUAUGUCUUCAAUAUUGGAUUUUUGCAGGUAUCCAACAUGCAGAUCUACUUUGGCUUUACUUCACACACCUUUGUUUUGAUUUAAAAAACAAAGGUUUGAAGCGCAGUUCCUCAAUAGAUUAGAGAUUACGAUUCUAAUCUCUCUGUUCAGGAAUGCAGUUGCUCUCAUGUGGAGAGAGCAGAUGUCUUUAUCUACGGAUUUAAAGUUACUUUCAUGCCUUAUUUUAAAUCCCACAGCUGACAUUUGGCAAAGAAAAGCUUCACAUGACCAGAAUUUAAAUCGGACUUUCAUUUGUAGUUUGAGGAAUUGAAGGCAUGGCAGUGAGUUUGUUCAACUGGAGCAACCUUCCUCUUUAUGACGAUGAUAAUUUUUAUUCUGGUUUUAUUCUGAUCAGCUUUCAUUGUUUUCUUACUUGUACUUUAUAUCCCUUCAGAACUCGGUAUAUUCACACUGAACUGGGCAUCAGAGAACGCCUGCUGGUUGGUGUCCUCACCUCUCGGGCCACCCUCAACACUCUGGCCGUGGCUGUGAAUCGCACAGUUGCCCAUCACUUCCAUCGCACCUUUUUCUUCACUGGCCUGCGCAGCCCAAAGAUUCCUCAUGGGAUGACAGUAGUUGCUCACGGUGACGACCGUCCAGUCUGGUUAAUGUACGAGACUGUGCGUCACCUCCACCAGCACUAUGGCGCAGACUAUGACUGGUUCCUGUUAGCCCAGGAUGACACCUACAUGCAAGCAGAUCGCCUGUCAGAGCUGGUGGGACACCUGAGUGCUGGUCAGGAUUUGUACAUGGGCAGAGCAGAGGAGUUUAUUGGUGGAGAGGAAAAGGCGCGUUACUGUCAUGGCGGCUAUGGUUAUCUGUUAUCUCGUAGUCUGCUGGCUCGUCUGCAGCCACACCUGGACACCUGCCGGAAUGACAUCCUCAGUGUGAGACCUGAUGAGUGGCUGGGCCGCUGCAUAAUUGAUUACCUGGGGCUGAGCUGUGUGGAAGUGCACCAGGUAACAAGAGCAUGGACACCAGUGGGGAUAUAUGUCAAAUGAAUAAAGUAGAAGUUUAAUUAAUUGAAAGAUGAGUUGAUCAGAAGUAGGGAGGUACAAGUGCAAAUACAGUAAAGAAGGAAACUAACGAAACAGUAAUGCUCUGGAAUAGACCUGAAUGGAUGAUAUGAUAACCGACAGAAAAUAUGACCUAGUUGCUUACCCAGUGCAUAUCUCAAACAAGAGUUGUUACCCUUUAAAACUGAUUAAAAUAGCAUCAGUAACACAAAAACAGAAAAGGAGGGGGAGACUUCAUUAAUGAGAAGAGUUGCCAGUGAAUAUCCAUAACAAACAAGGAGGACUUGUAUAGACGUGAAUGAAAGUGAAUCAGCCAGUGUAUGAACAAUAGCGAUGAUUCAGAGCUGCGAGAAAGCUCAACAGUCUCUUUAUAUUCUAAGACUGACACACAUUCACCUUGGCAUAAUAUUUUCCUACUUAAUAUAAGGUUAAGUUAGAACAUUACAGGUAUAUUUUUUUGCACAAACUGAUGAGGGAUCCAGAAGGCUUUCAUUGGAAAAAGUGGUGGAAAUAUUUAUUUUUAUUUGUUUAGUCAAGAUUUUAGGUUUUAGAAUCUGUUCUUUUUCUAGUUUGGUAAAAUGGUUGAAUUAGCACUUCCUCUAAUGCAAGUUUAUGUUCCUUUACUUGAAUUAAAAAAAAUCUGUGAGCCUUUUUAUCUCCUCCUUUUUAUAGUUUAACAAGCAGAACAUUUUUUUCUCUAUUACAGGAGAUGACCUAUCGUUAUUUUGAGCUCGGAAAAAAUGCUGAUCCAGAGCGUGAAGACAGUGUACAGUUUAAAAACGCCUUCACAGUCCACCCUGUGUCUGAACCAAAUCUGAUGUACCGCCUGCACAAACGCUUCAGUAAGAUUGAACUGGAACAGACAUACCUACAGAUUCAACAGCUGCAGGUUUGUGAUACUUUUCACUGUUUUCUCUCACCAGUCAGUGUCUGUUUUCUGAUAGGACUGUACAAGGUGGCUGCUCUAGCGAUGAGUUGUGUGUGAAAAGUUUUACUGUUAUUCUUUCCACCGCACCCUCUAUUCUUAAGCCAAGACAGAAAUUCUUGAUGAAUGCAAUAUUUGAAUGAGUCAGGAUGCCAAGACAGGGAUCAGAUGUUUUGCUGAAGCCUGAAGUGAAAGGAAAGAGUCUCAUCACUUUGUAUUUCUGCCUAGAAAGCCUUGUUCUUCUAAAAGCUACUACUGAUAGUUUGACUUAGGUGCAGUACACACGACACUGCAGAAAAAUCAUAUAUGUAGCAGGAAAAAUGCUUACUUUUUGAAUCUGUUUAUCAAUCUUUGACGCAUUUAUGUGUACUUAGAUGCAGAUCAACAACCUGAGCGACCUCACGCCUGAGGGUAAAGCUGGAGUCACGUGGCCUAUUGGCAUCAACCCUCCUUUCAAGCCAAGAACCCGCUUCGAGGUUAUAAACUGGGAAUAUUUCACUGAAGAGCACAUCUACUCAUGCGUCGACAGCUCCCCCAAGUGCGAAAUGCGGGGCGCAGACCGUGCGGAUGUUAAUGCGGUUUUAGAAAUCGCUGUGGAGCGUCUAAACGAGCGUUAUCAACCUCAGCUGCGUUUCCGGAAGCGGCGUCUACUCAAUGGUUAUCGCCGUUUUGAUCCAACUCGCGGUAUGGAGUACAUGCUGGACCUUGCAUUGGAGGCCUACACCCAAAAAGGUCACAGUCAAGUUAUCGCCAAACGGGUCAAUUUGUUGCGACCUCUAAGUGCCGUGGAGAUCAUCCCUAUGCCUUAUGUGACAGAGGCAACACGUGUGCAGGUCAUCCUACCUGUCACGGCCCAGGAUCAGGACUUUGUUGGGAACUUUCUUGACAUGUAUGUGAUGAACACUUUGGACACCCAUGAUAAUGUUUUACUCACGUUCUUGUUCAUUUAUGACCCAUUUGAUGCCCAGCGAGUCAGCCAGACUGAUGUUUUUGCUGGUAUUAAAGCGAUGAUUGGGGAAGUCGAAAAGCGCUACGCUGAUGUUAAGAUCCCCUGGAUCAGUGUGAAGACGGAAGUGCCCUCACAGGUCAAGCUAAUGGAUAUCAUUUCUAAGAAGCACCCCGUGGACACACUGUUCUUCCUGGCCAGUGUGUGGACUGAAGUCAAUGCCGACUUUCUCAAUCGUUGCAGAAUGAACGCCAUCAGCAACUGGCAGGUCUUCUUCCCAAUCCAUUUCCAAGAAUACAGUCCUGCUGUCGUCUACCGUGACCAGCAACCCUCUGCUGCCUCCUCUUCUUUUGCCUCCGAGUCACUGCGAGACGGCCACUUUGACCGGCACGUCUUUGACGAGGCUUGUUUUUACAACGCAGACUACAUGACAGCACGGACAAAGAUGGCUGCAGAUAUCUUGGACAAUGAGGAGCUGUUGGAAAGCAUGGAUGUGUAUGACAUAUUCGUGCGGUACUCUGGGCUCCACGUGUUCAGGGCGGUGGAGCCAGCGCUGAUCCAGAAAUACGUGCGGAGAACGUGCAACCCACGCUUCAGUGAAGAUAUCUACCACCGCUGCGUCCUCAGCAACCUAGAAGGUCUGGGGUCGCGCUCACAUCUGGCCAUGGCUCUUUUUGAACAAGAGCAGGCCAACAGCACCUGAAAACAUGGCCUUUGAAAAGUGUAGGGGCCUUAAACACACUGCCUGGACUGUAGAACUCGUGCAAAAUAAUGUGAAUCAAUUUAUAUUUAUGGAAAUUUUAUUAUCCAUAGACUACAAUUCCUACCUUCAUAUUUGGCAGAAAGUGUCAACCAGCAAGAUAUUGUUUUGGGCAUGUCAACAGAGCUUAAGUGUAUCUUCCUGCCAAACAACUUAGAGCUCUAAACAUAUGAGUACCUCUGACUCAUGAUUUUGCAACUCUGCCGGUGUCAUGUCUCCACAAAUUCUGAGUCAUGGAGAUGCCGUCUUGCACAACUCCUCAAAUGUACUACUUGUAUUCCUGCCACUGAUGUAUUCCCACAGGAGCUGAGCAACAAUAUUUAUACUUCUAAUUUUCAAAAGAGAAAUACAAGAGGUUUUGUCUUGAAAUAAUAAAGAAAUAAAUGGUUUAUUGUUUAUUUGAAAGAAAACUUGAGUCACAAGUGUCCCGCAGUGAAAAUAGGAAAAAAAAAAAUACUGGGAACAAGCUGAAGCUGCCUUUUCUUUUCAGUGUUCAUUUUUACAAAACGUAUUAAAAAUUGAUAUUGAAGCAA